CUGUAGGAGAACAUUGUCGGAGAGCCAGACGUCAAUUCUUUCUGGACUAAAAGAAAAAAAUUCACACAAAAAUGCUGUCGAGGGCCGCAAUUCUUUCUGUUCAACGUCCCAUGGGCGCUAUGGCUGCCAGAGCCGCUGCUACCGCUGCUGGUUCUGAUCGCCCCGUUCGUCCCGAACACCCCGGCAAGGUGCGUUUGGGUUUCAUUCCAGAAGAAUGGUUCCAGUUCUUCUAUAACAAGACCGGUGUUACUGGCCCUUACACCUUCGGUGUUGGUUUGAUCACAUAUUUGUGCUCUAAGGAAAUCUAUGUUAUGGAACACGAAUACUACAGCGGUCUUUCCUUGGCCAUCAUGGCCGUCGUUGCCGUUAAGAAGCUCGGCCCAGCCGCUGCCAAAUGGGCUGAUGGUGAAAUCGACAGAAUCGAAUCCGAAUGGAAACAAGGCCGUGAGGAUGAAUUGAAGAACCUUCAAGAAUCCAUUGAAGCCGAAAAGAAGGAACAAUGGCGUGCCGAAGGCUCUCUCUUGCUCAUGGAUGCCAAGAAAGAGAAUGUUGCUCUCCAAUUGGAAGCUGCUUUCCGUGAACGCGCCAUGAACGUUUACAAUGAAGUCAAGCGUCGCUUGGAUUACCAAGUUGAAUGCCGUCACAUUGAACGUCGUCUUAACCAAAAACAUAUGGUUGAUUGGAUUGUCAAUAAUGUUAUGGCCUCCAUCACCCCUCAACAAGAAAAGGAUACACUCAACAAGUGCAUUGCCGAUUUGAGUGCUUUGGCUGCCCGCUCCAAGUAAAUGUUUCGUGGCAUUUUACUUUAGUUAUUAUUUCAUAAAUAAAAUUAAAAA